AUGCGCGCCAGGGUGACAGACUUUGGAAUGGCGAGGGCGGGACCAGAGGAGGGGAAGACGCACGUGUCCACUCAAAUAAAGGGGACUUUGGGGUAUCUAGACCCUGAAUACAUGGACACGGGCCACCUGGCUCCCGCCAGUGACGUUUAUUCCUUUGGAAUAAUUCUCCUUGAACUGCUAACAGGCCGACCUCCAGUUGAACUCAGGUCUUCCACUAACCUUGUCACUUCCCCACCCUUUCUCUCCCUCUCAUAUCACCCCCUCACCAGGCCACCUGGCCCCUGCCAGUGA